AUGUCCAGCGAAGACGAUCAUUUUCACUGCAACAACUGUUAUUUUUCUUAUUGUGACUAUUCGAACUGUCCAAUUGAAACUUGCAAUUUUUGUUUCGUUGCAUUACACGGCUGCAAAUUGUCCGAGCACCAGGAAGAAAUUUGCCGGAAGGUCUGUUCUACCGCAUUCUUGCCCUAUUUGUCCCCGUGGGAGUAUUUGUCUUUUGUUUCGUUCCCUCUUCCCACAAUUUGAUGUCCACUAUCCCAGGUCGUCGUUCCAUGCACCAACGCUCAGAACGGAUGCGAGAAACGACUGCAACGAGAACGGAUCAACGCUCAUCUCCUCAAAUGUUUGGCCAGUGUUGUGGUGUGUACGAGGUCAGGAAGUUGAGAAAAUUUCCAUUGGAAACCCACCAAUAAUAAUAAGGCAAAGAAGAAAAUUCUAGUAAUAUUCCUUCUCUAUUUCUCAAAGUCAGAAGCUCUUUUAAUAGCAUAAUCUUUUUCGCAACUUUUUCAUUUCGAAAAUUCAACCAAAUCUUAAAUUGAAACUUUCCAGAGAGUGGUCUCGGAAGUCAGUAAAUCACAAAUCGAAGCUCUUUCUGAAAGAAUGUGGGAAGAAAGGAAUUCCCAUUACGAAUAAAUCAUCAACGUCUGCGGAUUUGGCGUUUGCUCUUAGAGAUCAGGUAUCCUUUUCGAAGACUUUCUUAAAUAAUUCUCAUCAUAUCAAAAAGCUGAACUUGUUAUUUCACAUAACUAAUUAUUUUUGUGAGCCUGAAAAUAUUUCAAAGUUUCAACUAUCAAUAAAGUUCAGGAAAAAAUUGUUGAAAGCUACAAAAUGCCCAGGAAGUCACGAAAUCGUCGAAGAGACCGAAUUCAUCCUUUCCACCCCCUGUUACCGCUGAGAGAAAUUGUUAUACACGAGUCAGAAUAUUUUCACCUGAAAUUUGUUUCAGGCCGACGAAUACAAAGAGACCAAUGUUUCUGGAGACAGUAGUGAAGAAGAAAGAGAGUUGGAGGUUAUUUUUUACAGAAAAUUUUAAAAUUCGAAACUUGGCUGUUGCAGAUCAAAAAGCUGAAGGGGAGCCGAAGGGUUUUUGGAAACUGUAGAAUGUGCCAAAUUGACCCAACUGCUCAACACUUGCACACGUUGGGCAACGUGACAGGCCUCGAUGAACCUGUUCCUCUGGUUCUCAAAAAGUUCGAAGAACGCGGAGACGAUUUUUGUGAGAGAAAUGGACUCCAAGUUCGUGUUUUUCUCUGACAACCUAUUCAGUUCUCAAUUCAGAUCAAAUUCAAUGCUGAAUACUACAAUGAAUGCUCUUCAAAAAACCGUCAACUGACCGGUAUCCGAUUCCAAAACUCAGCCUACACGUUCAGGUUUCUUUUCGAAGUUAUAUAAUUUGGGCACUUCAAGUAAUCAAUUUUUCUUUGAAGAUGCUUGCAUGUUGUGAAACGAGCAGAAUAUGCAAACCAUCAAAUUUCUCAACACAGCUACAUAAUCGAAAACUUAUCGAAUUUGAUUUUCAGGUCUGCUUUUCAAAAAAAAAAUAAUAAAGGAACUGAUCUUCAGGUGCCCCAAUUUUCUGCAGGGAUGUGAAUUUCAUUGCUCGCGUCUUGAGAAUCCUGCAAAUGUUAUGUACGUCGUCAUUUUAUAUUCCUCGUCUAAUUUUGAAAAAAAUUGUUGUUUUUCAACGAAAAUUGUAUUUCGCUCUCAAAUUACUUAGUACAUCUAAAGGAUUCAAAGAUGAGGGGUUAUUUGAUGCGUUUUUGCUGAAAUUGAACCUCUAUAAAAUAUAAUACAAUCUGAAGUGCUCAAAGUUACUAAUUUUUCACCUAAACGUUUCAGAUACUCAAAAGAGCUCGACUCUUUUUGCUUCCGUCCAAAAAUAGAAGAAAGCGAAGACGAGAACCCAAAAAUGGUGUCGAAAUUGGAGGAGAUGCCAGAUUGGGUAUUUCAGACGUUAGUCGAUCAGCUUCCCAGCUCUUCUUUGUACAACUUGGCAUUAACUUCGAGGCACUUUGUUGCUGUUAAUUGAGUCGAGCGGAAAUAAUUUUAGAACGAUGCGUCGCAAAAUUUUCCUUGUUUGUCUCGAGAAAUGCUACGUUGAUUGUCGCUGGGCAAAAGUGCAAGGAAGUUGGCAGCGGCAGCAAUUUGUGAGUUUGUUUUUCAGCUUGUUUGCCGAGUAGAAAAAAAAUAAAAAAUAGAAAAAAUUCUCAGCUUCGAAGUUAGUCAUCGGUUCAAGUGAGUGUGAAGCGUAAAGCGUGAGUAAUAGAAAAAAAUAUGAUAAUGAUAAUAAUUAUUCAAAAUUUUACAGGUAA